CAGUAGAGCGCGAGUGCGCUAAGCGUCCGCACGUAUAUGCAUUUCCUAUAAUUUUACAAACCGAUAAAAGUUUAAAAUGUCUAAAUCGGGUACCAAAAUGCGAUUAAGCGAAGCGAAAACUUUAGAAUUAAUCGAUUUGUAUAGACGAGAGGAGUGUCUCUGGAACUCACGAUUAUCCGUCUACAGAUACAAGACGAAAAGGAACGAAGCUAUCGAACGAAUAGUCAAAGAAUUGAAUGUGAGGAAGCUGGAAGCGCACCACGUUACGACAAAAAUAAAGAAUCUACGUAAUUCGUAUUGCGCGGAACUGAAAAAGAUGUCCGGUGGCAGAAGGAGGGAUUCCUUCAAGCCUAAAGUCUGGUUCGCGAAGAUGGAUUCGUUUCUGCGGGCGCACGUGCCGUGUCCGACGCCAGACGCGACUGUAAUGCCAUCCUUGCCCAACGUUAAAAUCGAAAUUGUCAGUGAUUCAGAAGAGAGCGAAUCAAACGUCACCGAGAACAACAAAGAAGACCUACAGAGCUUGAUAAGAACUAUAGAGAAACUUUCUGAGCAGCUAAAGACGAGAACGACCCGAAAGCAAGAUGUUUUUGACGAUUUCGGGACUUAUGUAGCUUCCGUUCUCAGGAGUCUACCGAGUGAGAGAGCAAUGGCGCUCCAGCCGAAGAUCAUAAGUUUGAUUAACUCUUCAGAUGAUAUUAAAAAUGAGUACAGUUAGGUUUGGACACCUUAUGAUUGAUGUUAUGUUUGUCUCGGAUAAUCUAUUCGAGACUGGACGCAUUUAGUUGUUGUUUGUAAACUGUUGUUGUAAAGUAAGUUGUUGUAAACUGGACAGUGUCGUUUUUCGAGAUUUAGGUGCCAAUGAUUUUAAUAUAAGCCUAUUUAAGUAGAAAUGCAAUAUUUUGGGUGAAAUUUUUUCGUGGUGGAAAAUGUCAGGACCAUCGUCCCGCACGUUGAAGUGAGGUGAUAUUAUGUACCAGUUAAAAAAUACGGGAAGCUCGGAUUAGCGUCAAAAUGUUACUCUUAUACGUCAUCUUCUUAUGUCCUCUCCCUUCCGUUCUCUCCUGAGAGAUCAAAUCACUUGAGUUCACAUUUCAACUUUUUGUGAUAUUGAGAGUUAACGGAAGGAAAAUAACUAAAUACGUUCUCAAAUGACGAACCGAAACCGAAUUUAGAAGAUUUUUAACCCACUUCCAAAAAGGAGGUCCUCAAUUCGGUAUUGAAUUCUUUUCAUGCGUGAUCCUUCAGUACUUUUUACAAAAGAACCGCUUAUCAUGAUUCUUUUUUGUUAUAAUUUGAAAGCAGGUACUUCUCGUGUGGUCUCAUUUAAAUGUUAUCAAGAUCUGACCAGUGAUUUGUUGAGUUAUACUUAAUAACGCAUGUUUAAUUGACUUUAACUGUAAUAAUGAUAUUGUUGUUGUACAGGGUGUCUAUCAGUUUCAAUUUUGUUUUUCAAAUCUUUUUCGAAUAUUUUUAGUAAAAUAUUUAAAUAAGUUUUUGAAAUUUUAUUUGUUUUUAACGUACUAGUUAAUAAUUAAUUUCGGAAGAUCUUAAACGGUGUUUGACCUAGAUUUAUCUAGAAGAUAAUUUAUUUUAUAUGCGUGUAUGGAUUGUGUGUGUGCUAUACUAUACUAUAAAUAUGUAUACCAAUAA